UCUGACAAACAAGAGAAUUCAAACAAUGUGAAAUAUAUAUUUUUGAACAUGUCACUGUUAAUAACUUGAAUUAUGAUGAUGGUAAACCAGGCAAAGAAAGAGCCUGAAGGCAUUAGUUCUGUUUAUCAUUCAGUACAAUUUCUUGACUACAGCGGAACUCAUUUAAACCAGGUCAGUCCCCGGCCUGUGCAGCUUCAAUUCGUGAUUUCCCAUUGGAGGUCCCAGGAUUCAGGUUGCCAUUUGUUUUCUCUUUCUUUUAUUUUUUUUUCUCUCUCCUUAUGUGCUUCCAUCCUGGCUCUAAAAAGCUACUGCCAUAAGAAUUACUGAAGCUAAAAAAAUAGUGCUUUGUGCCAUCUGAAAGCUUUGUAGCCUUGAGCCGUAUGGAGGGUGAAAAGCAAUCCAUCUUAAAGAUCAGUGGUUUUUAAACCUCUGAAACCCACACUUGACCUUAGAAAUGGGAGGAUAGGGUUGUUUAUCAUAAUGGGAUUUAAAACCUAAUUCCUCCUAGCCUUGUAUAAUGUACACAGUAUUUCACAAACUGGUACAAGCACGAGUGGGAAGGCUUGUGAAUUACCAGAAGAGCUGAGAUGUUAAGCACAGACUGGAUUUUUUGGGGCAAUGUUAUUUAUUUAUCUGGAUAAACAUUUCCUUUUCCACUGGAAAAAAGUUGGAAAGGAUAUAGAGAGUAUGUAUUUGUGAGACUUGGUGGUAUUCUCCCGUGGUUUCAUUGGCCAGGAUUACACACAGGGCAAUUACUCUUUGUUAUGUUAACAGCUAAGCAUUGGCUUCCUUUUUAUUUUUUCAGAUUCGCUUGUGCAGCCUUUAUGUUAUCCCUGUGGCCUGUCAUGUGGAAUUUAAGAUAUCUCUGUAGUCAAUUCUUCUCACACUGUUUAUUCCUUGAACUGUUCCACAUAUUUGAGCAACACAGCAUCCUCAUAUCCUGAAUAACUCUGUCCCUACCCUACUGUCAGAACAAGUAUCGCUGUCAUAUCCCUUCCACCCACUCCUCAGAGUGAUACCAGUCUUCUCCUUGUUCCUAUGCUUUCUUUCUUCUGCUCAGGGAAUGCCCUUCCUGAGGUGCUCAGCAAAGCCACAACCCUGUACACCUUUAAAACUUCCCUGAAGAUCUGCUUCUGUGAUGCUUGCAAGAAACUAGCUAAGUAAUCUGCUUAUCUGUUUCAUUUAUCUCAUGAGUGACUCACCCCUUCCAUGGUGCCUGCAAGAAACUUAUUGAUUAAAUCUACUUCCUCUUACUAUGUUUUUAUCAAAUAAAAAAGUUGCUGGAUUGUGCCCUGCAUUGGCCUUCGUGGAGGUUGGGCGAAGUCUAGGAUAACUGGAUCACGAUCACCUUUUGGAUGCCGCUCUGUUCUUCCUGCCCAUUUGUUGCUUGUAUCUUUUGUUGCUGCUCAUUAGAAACACCACCUUGUCCUCCAGCUGCCUGUAAAUAAAGAGGCUUUGCUCUUCACUUAGCUCUUCGUGACUGUAGUGGAGCACCAAAUAUGUGUAGGAGUCCACCUACUUGGAGCUGAUUAUAGGCUGGGCUCAGUUAUAGGUGAUUUAGUUUGGGAGCUACUCCAGGCACGAUCAAUGUUUUUUGUCUCUAGCAGGUGUCUCCUACCGCAAUUUCCAGGACUGUCUAAAACACUGUUCAUAAGGAGCUAAUAGCAUUUGGUGUGGCUGUUAACUGUUGUCAUCCUACUCUGUGCAUUUUUCAUGUUAUCUAAUUUUCAUGGUUGUAACACCAAAAAAGCUCUGUAAGAUAAACGUGUGAAAGUUCCCGGCUUGCUAAUGCUCUCUAGCAAGCGUACGUAGAUAGUGUUAUCCACACUUUAAAUAGAGGAUUUAAAGGUAUUUUAAUUAAACACAGUUUUAAUGUAAUGGAUAAGUAAUAAUUUAAAGAAAAGGUUUUUUCUUCAUAAGAGAAGGUAGCAAACUGAAUCUUUCUAUAAUUGUACUGUGUGGUGUCAUGAAGUAGUACAUACAGGGAUCAUUUUUAUUCCUGUGCUACAUAACAGGCAGCAUUUAUUUGUGGCUUGUUGUGCUUGUCAUGUCUUUCUAAUGCACAAAACCAGUGGGUCUCUCUUUUGUGCAAAUGGUGAUGUGUGCAUUUAGUGUCCUUUUCAGCGGGGCAUCUCCAUCUGUAUGAGGUUAAGCACAUGCUGUGUGUCAGCAGGAUCUGUGGGCUGGAGUGUAAGACAUGUACCCGUUGUUCCCUUGUUACCAGCAUUUCCCAAGGAAACGUUCAGCUUUUGAUACCAAAACAAGACAGAAGGUGGCAGUGAAAAAGCUUUCAAGACCUUUUCAAUCACUUAUCCACGCGAGGAGGACCUACCGAGAGCUUAGGUUGCUUAAGCACAUGAAGCAUGAGAACGUUAUAGGAUUGCUAGAUGUUUUUACACCUGCAACUUCAAUAGAGAAUUUUAAUGAAGUAUAUCUUGUGACAAAUUUAAUGGGUGCUGACCUGAAUAACAUUGUCAAGUGCCAGAAGUUAACGGAUGACCAUAUACAGUUUCUCAUCUAUCAGUUACUUCGAGGUCUUAAGUAUAUUCACUCAGCUGGAAUCAUCCACCGGGACCUGAAGCCCAGUAACCUAGCUGUAAAUGAAGACUGUGAAUUGAGGAUUUUAGACUUUGGUUUAGCUCGACAAACUGAUGAUGAAAUGACUGGAUAUGUUGCAACAAGAUGGUACAGAGCUCCAGAAAUUAUGUUAAACUGGAUGCACUACAAUCAAACAGUCGACAUCUGGUCGGUUGGAUGCAUCAUGGCAGAGCUAUUGAAAGGGAAGGCCCUAUUUCCCGGAAAUGAUUAUAUCGAUCAGCUAAAGAGAAUAAUGGAGGUUGUGGGUACACCCUGUUCUGAACUUCUGAAGAAGAUAUCAUCAGAACAUGCAAGAAAAUACAUUGAAUCUCUUCCACAUAUGCCUCAACAGGACUUGAAAGCAGUAUUUCGUGGUGCCAAUCCAUUAGCUGUAGAUCUUCUUGAGAAGAUGCUUAUAUUAGACAGCGAUAAAAGAAUUACUGCGUCGGAAGCACUUGCACAUCCAUACUUUGUACAGUAUCACGAUCCGGAUGAUGAACCUGAGGCCGAGCUGUACGAUGAGUCAAUAGAGAAUAAGGAGCGAACCAUAGAUGAAUGGAAAGAACUCACCUAUGAAGAAGUGAUUAGCUUUAAACCGCCCGACUUAAAAAUGGAUAGCCUGGAGAUAGAACAGUGAAUACAGGCAGCUCUGUCUUGCCUUGCUGCACUAUGAAGACUGCUAAAUAUAACCAUACAAUUUAACCUGUGGUCAGAUGUAGAUUUUACUGUCCAAAGAUGUUGGAGAAGAUGUGGAAAAGCAGAUGCAUUAUACAGAAGCCAGAUGUCUGGUUUGGGUGGGGCUUUUUUUGCCUUGUAAUAUGAAUGUAUUCCCAACUCACAAAGGGUGAUAAAGAACUGCUUCAUUCUGACAAAAUUAUGCACUGAGUUGUGUCGAGCUGUGUGUUCUGCAUGUUUCAUUUUAUCAGUUGUAUUGCCAAAAUAAAGGUGACUUUUUAAAUUAAUUUUAAAAUUGUACAUUUAAAGCAUGAAUGUAUACAAACAUAAACAUAGAAGUCCAUACAAGCAAUCAGGUUUUUUUUUCUGGCAUUUUAUCUGUCUGUUUUCAUAUUAUUUAUAGUUAGUGCCUUUAUGAAGAGAGGGGCGUGGUAGUGAGGUAGACAGAAUUUGCAUAUGUAGUCAUAUCUGUGGUGGUCGUACAAAUUUACUGGAUGUCUCUCAAGCGAUCUUAACACCAACUGAAAGUCAGUAAAAAUAAAUCUGUGUCUUCUGUUGCCA